AUGAGUCUGGCCGCCCCACCUGUGGGAGAGGGGCUGUGCAGGAGCUUCCGGGUGUCCAAGGAAGGAGGCCCCGGGGCUGUGGCCAUGCCCUUCAGACUAGGGGAUGAGGCCCCGCAGCUCAAGGGAGCUCAAGGGAGUUGGGGGGCUCACAGCAGCGGCACCUGCGCUCCAGAGCCACCCACAGCUGAGAGCGUGGCGGCCUGUUGUGGAGACCCAGGCCCAGCCAGGAGGGGUCGAAGGCGGCGAGCGAGGCUCCCCGACGCCGCCUGUGACGGGCGAGAAGGCGGCCAGCUGGAGCCCGUCCUGAGAGAGCGUCUGGGGCACAGCCUGGCCGCCGGCGCCUGCGGGGACUGCGGUCAGAGCUACACCCCCACAGUGUUUGAGCGGCUCGGUGUGAAUCUGCAGAUGAAGGGCAAGCCCGUGCACCUCCAAAUCUGGGACACAGCAGGACAAGUGGAUUACGAUCGCCUGCGGCCCCUCUUCUACCCUGACGCCAGCGUUCUGCUCCUCUGCUUCGACGUAACCAGCCCGUACAGCUUCGACAACAUCCCUAACCGGUGGUACCCGGAGGUGAGUCACUUCUGCAAGAAGGUGCCCAUCGUCCUUGUGGGCUGCAAGACUGACCUGCGCAGGGACAAAGUGCUGGUGAAGAAGCUGCGGAAAAAUCGCUUGGAGCCAGUGACCUACCACAGGGGCAAGGAGAUGGCGAGAUCCGUGGGCGCCGUGGCCUACCUCGAGUGCUCGGCUCUGCUCCGAGAGAACGUCCAGGCCGUCUUCCAGGAGGCGGCCAAGGUGGCCCUCAGCAGCCGCAGCCGCAAUGUCUGGCGGCGGAUUACCCGGACCUUUUGUGUGGCGACCUGACUGGCGACUUGGGGACCUCCCGACCCCACAGCACUGGAAGGAGCCAGCGCUGACCCUCUGCCCCGUGGGCUCUCUGGACUCCAAACUGCACUUCAUAAAGGUGGCCUCCUUCGAGGUCGGACCCAUCCCAAGUGGAUUCCUGGACUGGAGUGGACCCCCUCUGAGCCUGGGUUUAGGGCCCCACCAGCCUUGGGACAGGCAGUGGGUCCAAACUCCCAGCCCUGUACGGCACAUCCUGGCACUUCCACCCCCUGAUGGCUGCUCCCGGGACUGCACCUUCUGGACCUGGUCUCCCCCGCCAGGCCAGCUCCUUCCUCCAGUAAUUAACACCUGA